AUGGCCUCAUCCGAAUCACCUCAAAAUGAGUCAUCCGCAAAGCGAGACACCACCAUCACCAUGGAUGAAUCAUCACCACCAAGUCAGCUACAAAAGACAGCCUCCAACAGACUCGACACACCAAACAUAACAAUGGACGACAUCCAACUCGCCCAUCUAACCUCUACUGUCUCCGGCGCCGCCGCCGCAGCAGCAGCAACCACCACACAAGAAGCAUACCAACCCGCACCCUCAGACGACAAUAACGACCCCGAAACCGACACAACACCCAAAGCCCGCCUCCAAAUCGCGGCUACUCUCCUCGCCCUGGGUCUAGCCCUCUUCGUUGCAGCCCUAGACCAAACCAUCGUAGCCACGAUCAUCCCCACGGUUGUCGCAGACCUACACUCUGCAGCAGGCUACGUCUGGAUCGGGGGCGCCUACCUCCUCGCCAACGCCGCCGCGGCAAACAUAUGGGCCAAUCUAUCCGAUAUCUGGGGCCGAAAACUCAUGUUGCUUACCGCCACAGCCGUGUUUCUGGGCUCGUCAAUCAUUUGCGCCGAGUCCGUGGAUAUGACCAUGAUGAUCGUCGGACGCUCAAUCCAGGGUAUCGCGGGCGCCGGGCUAAUGCAGAUGGUCACCAUCACCGUCUCAGAUCUGUUCAGCGUCCGACAUCGAAGUCUCUACUUUGGCAUACUGGAAUGUAUCUGGGCCAUUGCGGGCGCCGUGGGACCGUUGAUGGGCGGCGCGUUCACGGAAACCAUUUCCUGGCGCUGGGUGUACUGGAUCAAUUUGCCCGUCAGCGGCACGGCGUUUGUGUUGUUAUUUUUCUUUCUGGAUGUGCAUAAUCCGCGCACACCGUUCUGGGACGGGAUCAAGGCUGUGGAUUGGUUUGGCAGUUUAUCAAUCCUUGCACUAACGCUCAUGCUGUUGUUGGGGCUGAACUUUGGCGGUGAUGCAUUCGCCUGGAACUCGCCGCAGGUUAUCUGUCUAAUCGUUUUUGGGUGCUUAAUGUCUCUCGUAUUCAUCUACUGCGAGAAACGACUCGCUAAAUACCCACUUAUGCCUAUGAACAUAUUCCGCGAAAAGUCGAAUAUUGCCUGUUUCGUGGUGACUUUCUGUCAGGGUAUGGUCUACCUCGGCGGCGAGUAUUACUUGCCACUGUACUUUCAAUCGGCCAAGGAUGCCUCCCCCUUGAAGUCCGGUAUUUUGGUGCUGCCUAUCGUGUUGACGGAAUCGAUCACGAGCGCAUUUACGGGUAUUAUGAUGCAUCAAACCGGCCGGUUUCUGGAAAUCAUCAUCUUCGGCGCUGUGCUUUGCGCGGUUGGUACGGGAUUGUACAUUGAUCUCAAGACGGAUACGUCUCUCGUCAAGAUCAUCCUGUAUCAAAUCGUGACCGGUCUGGGGACCGGAUGUCUGUUCUCCUCGCCCAUCAUCGCGCUACAGGUCAAUGUCAGUCAGGCCGACACAGCCAGCGCAACUGCCACGCUAGGAUUCAUACGCAAUAUGGCGACAGCAGUGAGUAUUGUACUAGGUGGAGUCAUAUUCCAGAAUAGCAUGAAUUUGCAAAAACCGAUCCUGAGAGCAGCGGGACUAUCCGCAAAUCAGACAGAACUAUUUGCCGGCGAAAGCGCGUCGGCCAGCGUGUUUCUGCUGGAUAGUGUGAUUUCAGACCCCGUGCAGAGACGUGCGGUCAGGGACGCGUGGUCGUGGAGUAUACGCAACAUUUGGAUAUUGUAUACCUGCGUGGCUGGUGUCGGGGUUGUGGCAAGUUUGUUUGUGCGGAAUGUGCAUUUGAGUCAGCAUGAAGACCAUGUCGAGACCAAGACGGGGAUUGGGGAGAAGGCUACGCGGAGGAAUAGUCAUGAAGACUAA